AUGUUGGCAUUCGUACCCUGCGCAAGGAUUGUCACAAACAGUGUACACGACACGGUUAUUGAAAGCAGUAACAGUAUAGACGACCUGCUGGCACCAUUUAGAAGAAAUGUCACUUCUUCUCCUCAGCUGACAACCUCUGCAGUAAUGCCAGAAAACGCUUCUUCACAACUUCCUUUUGCAAAGAUAAACUGGCCUAGCAAGGAGAUUUGGAACAGAGAUAUCAAUGCUGCCAUUAAUAUGAGACGCAUUCUUAUGGCGUAUAUCAGCUCUGGGUUACCAGAUCGAGUCAAGACCGGCUUCCCUGCAACGAAGAGCACAAGCUGCGCUUGA